GGCCGGUGUGUUAGAAGCAGUCAGAGCUGAGGGGAACUGUAGCUGAGCACGGCCGACUGAAACUUCACUGACAAGAUGUCCGACGACGAGCAAGAACAGACCAUAGCCGAGGACCUGGUGGUCACCAAGUACAAGAUGGGUGGUGACAUCGCCAACCAGGCUCUUCGUUUGGUUGUGGAAACAGCCACGCCUGGGGUGUCGGUGCUCAGCCUCUGUCAGAAGGGCGAUGCCUACAUCAUGGCAGAGACAGGAAAGGUCUUCAAGAAGGAAAAGGAAAUGAAAAAAGGCAUUGCCUUUCCCACCAGCGUCUCAGUCAAUAACUGUGUUUGCCACUUCUCUCCCCUGAAGAGUGACCCUGACUACACACUUAAAGAUGGGGAUCUGGUAAAAAUAGAUCUAGGGGUUCAUGUUGACGGCUUCAUUGCCAAUGUUGCUCACAGCUUUGUGGUGGGAGCCAGUAAGGAGAACCCCAUCACAGGCCGGAAAGCUGAUGUAAUCAAAGCUGCCCAUCUUUGUGCAGAAGCAGCUCUUCGCCUGGUUAAACCUGGAAAUCAGAACACCAAAGUGACAGAAGCCUGGAACAAGAUCGCUCAGUCGUUCAAAUGCUCACCAAUAGAGGGUAUGCUGUCUCAUCAGCUAAAGCAACAUGUCAUUGACGGGGAGAAGACCAUCAUUCAGAACCCGUCAGACCAGCAAAGGAAGGACCAUGAGAAGGCAGAGUUUGAGGUACACGAAGUCUUUGCUGUGGACGUCUUGAUUAGCACCGGAGAAGGGAAGGCCAGAGAUGGAGGUCUGAGGACAACCAUUUAUAAGAGGGACCCCAGUAAGCAGUACGGCUUGAAGAUGAAAACUUCCCGUAUGUUCUUCAGCGAAGUGGAACGACGCUUUGAUGCCAUGCCCUUUACUCUCCGGGCGUUCGAGGAUGAGGCCAAAGCUCGUCUGGGUGUGGUGGAGUGUGCUAAACACGAAUUGCUACAGCCCUUCAGUGUGCUACACGAGAAAGAGGGAGAGUGUGUAGCUCAGUUUAAGUUCACAGUGCUGCUUAUGGCCAACGGGCCUCACAGAAUCACCAAUGGACCCUUCGAUCCAGAGCUCUACAAGUCAGAGCAUGAAGUUCAGGAUCCAGAGCUAAGGACUUUACUUGAGAGCUCUGCAAGCCGUAAAACACAGAAGAAGAAGAAAAAGAAGGCUUCAAAGACGGCAGAAAGUGCAACUGGACAGCCAACUGAGGACACAGAAGCCGUAGAAUAAAUAAAUACUGCCUUUCCACACGUGCAAGACCCCUAAGAGAAGCAAGGGAAAACAUGUCAAAUUGCCCCAAACUCUCUGUUCUACAUCUUUUGAAUUCACAAAUUAAACAGAUGAAUUUUAGAUCCUACAUGGAUGCUUAACCCUUUACUGCAUUCAUUGAAAGUACCAUGUUGCUGACUGGAGUAGGAAAUAAAGAAUAUUUACAAGUAGUUUUUUACAUCUUUGAAAAGACUUGUUGCAAAAUGGUACGUGUUUGUAUUAUUUGCAGCUGAACAUUUCCUUUCGAGUACAACCGAAGCCUACGGUGGGCGUUAAUGGGAGUGGAUCAGUCUGUAUGUUUGACGUCCAACUACGGGUGAAGGAUUAUCAGAUGAUACAACAGAAAUGCCGAUCACAUUUUGGUAUUCCUUUCUCUAAGGCAUCAUGUUUCUGAGACCAUCAUGGAUUCUCCUGUUUGAAUAGGAUGUUUUGACUGAAUUGUCGCACAUUGUUUCCCUUUAGCAACAAAGUUACAACAAGUUGUCUCGUUUAUAUGUGAACAAACAUUUAUAAUAAAAAGGAAUAUUCUGAUGUUUUACAAGCACUGUCACCUUAAGUGUGAGGAGUGAGGACGAUGAGUGUCGUUAUCCAGUUUAUUAGGAAUUAAAAAACAUUUUUUAUAGCUAAACUAUGCAGUAAAGGGUUACAUUUAUUAAUUUGAACAAACAAUAUCAGCAAGACAGUAAUUACAAGGACUAAUAAAAUGUAAAGGAUGGCUUUUGCGUCAGAGAUAAUGUAGUGAGGGUUAAUAGUUAAUCUUCCAUAGUCGAGGCCAGACCACAUGGCAUUGUUUCAACCACGAGACUCUUAAAACAUUUACCUGUGCACAAGACUGGCAUGUUAAGUAUACAUGCAAAAUGACACUUUAAUCAGCUGGACUUUCAGGAACAAAACUGCUACAUGUACUGCCAUUCCCCUUAUAUUUUAUGAAAAGAUAGAAAUCUAUAGGUUCAAGCUUUGAAAAACUUUUCUAUUUGUGACACCUGUUACUUGCUUUACUACGUCAUUAGUCUUAGUCAUGAAACUAAAACUGGCCAAGCUUUAAAAAAGAAACAGGUUUUAUGGGUGUCUUCAGUGGAACCAGUAAAAGAUAUUUCCAGUGUUGGGUCAGAUUUGUCAACAGUUCAAUAUUUUAAGAUUAAAAUCCUGCUUUGUAGCUCAAUCAGUGAGCAUUGAAACUUUACAUCUAAAGAAAUAAAAACAUUUUCAUACA